AUGGACAACAGAAACGCCCAGAUGUCCAUGGAGGGUAGUACUACGGCUCUAGAAGCCCAGCCAAGUCCUGGCCUGAGGACCACCAGGAAGAGGGCUGGUGUGGAGCCCACCAUAUCGGGAGUCAGCCAGGUCAUGUUUCCAGAUCCUUCAGAAAUGGGUAGUGGGAAACAGCCCUCAGCUUCCGGAGGGCUGGAGAAGAGGCCCGGACACAGAGAGGCAUCUGAGGAAGGGCUUCCAGAGCUCAAGACUCAGGAGCAGAGACCUCCAGCAAGACCAGGGAAGAAGCAGCUAUCUUGGGCCCCUCAAGAAGGGCCUGGGGAGCUACAAGCAGGCCAGGAUCAGGCCAAGCCACAGAGUGAGCUGGGGUUGCUGCCUUCCAGGGUUCUAGCAGCAGCUGAAGGGCUGCAGCAGCCAGGCUUGGGGAGAGAGACCGAGGACCAGCAGGGGAGGCAGCGGAACUCAGGGACUGCGGAGAGUCAGCCCUUGGAGAGCUGUCAGCAGGGCCUGCAGUAUCAGUUCAUCCCAGGUCACCAGGCAGCAAAUGGGCCAGACAUGGUGCAGCCAACAGAGCUUUGUUGUACUUUGGACAGCUAUGGACAGCCACUGGGCAAUGAGCCCCCCAAGGAGCCAUUUGCCCUCAGCCACAGCCACAAAAUCCAAAGCUUCCCUGAACAUCUGGAGGCUUCCCCAAGGCCCCCUCAGCCAUCCCCACCUCUGCCACUGCCCCCCCCCCCCCCAAAAAAGAAAGAAAUGGACAUUGGAGAGAGGAGGGAGCUGGGCUGUGCGCAGAAGCAGCCUCAGGAGCUCGUGAUGGCUGCAGGGGCCCAGAACCUCAGGAACCCCCAGCAGGGCUUCAUGAAGUGCUUGCUGGAGGUGGAGGAGGAGGAAGCCACCCAUCGGAGGGCCUCAAAGGCCCGGGCCCUGCCAGCCCGGAAGUCCCCAAGGACCCUGACCCCUGUGCUCACCUCAGCCCUUGCUGGCAACCCAGCCCCAAGCCUGCCUCUGACCCUGCCUCAAGCCCCCAUCUCGGCCCCUGCCACAGCCCCAUCAUGGGCCCGGCCAACAGCCCCUGGGCCAGUCCCUGCCCCUGUGGGAGCCUCGGUCUUGGCCUCAGUGUCAGGCCCAGUCCUGCCAGCCCCUGUCCCGGGCCUGGGCUGGAGAAGGACUGAAAUCUUGCACCAGAACAAUGAGAGGAGCUUGGGUUACACCAAGGCCUGGCGGGAGCCAGAAGAGCGCAGCCUCAAGUUGUAUCAGAGCUGGGAGGAGAGGUCCGAGGAGCCCCUCACCCUGAAGCAAGAAGAAGCCUUCCACAGCUACUUUGAGAUCUUCAAUGGCCCUGGCGAGGUGGAUGCCCAGAGCCUGAACAACAUCUUGCUCCUAGUGGGCUUCUCCCUGACACCGGCCCAGGUGGAGGACGCCCUGAUGAGUGCUGAUGUCAACGGAGAUGGUCAUGUGGACUUCGGAGACUUCUUGGCCGUGAUGACAGACACCAAGCGCUUCUUCUGCUCUGUGGAACAGAAUGCCCUGACGGACAUGGCUCCCCUGAAUCCCCACACUCUGCUCUUUGAGAUCCUGUCCCUGCUGGUGGAGAUGCUGGCCUUACCAGAGGCAGCCUUAGAGGAAAUCACAAACUACUACCAGAAGAAGCUGAAGGAAGGCACCCACAAGGCCAGAGAGAUGGCAUCGGCCCUAGACCGGCUGCGGUCACGGAAGAAGCUUACCUACAACCCUCAGCAGGCAGACAGCUUGGAAGUCUCAGAACGAAGGGUCUUCAGGAUCCUGAGCCGGCUAAAGCAGCAGAACUAUGUUGCCAACCUGCAGAGCCCCUAUGCCCAGGUACCCUGCAUUCCACUCUGCCCGCCACUGGACAAAAAGAUGGUCAGUCGGAAACAGGGCAACCACUAUAUGCUGGACCAGUGUGCCCCCACCGGCCUGGACCCUGACAUCCGUAGCCUCUUCUUCCAGUCAGGAUCUCAAGGAAGCAGGGAACACAGCUCUGACAGCAGAAAGUGGCUCAGCUCAGUGCCAGCUCGAACCCACUGA